AUGCCUUGGACUCCUGUGGCUCUUAAAGGGAAAGUGCCCUCAAGAUCUCAAACGUCUUUCAUGUACCGAGAGCAAAACGGAGUGAGAUCUCUGCUUAUUGACGACGAUUUCUGUGACUGUCAUUCAACCCUAAAUCUUGGUCAUGGUAUGUGUUCCAAUGGUCAUUCGAAGAGCUACAGCAAAGCUAACGUCUUUGGAGUCGACGCCUUGUACGAUGGUGGAUGUCACGGUCCUGUUCCAAGCGUUGGCUUAACGCUUUACUAUCGCACCCAACGUUCGGACUUGAAACAGUUUGGAGCUAAAUGGAGACCGUUCUGGUGGUGGAAUGCUGGGUUGCAAUGGUCAGCUUGUAGUGUUGAUAGGCAAGAAAAGGACGUACUUGAGAAUCCUUAUGGAUCUUGCUCCGGUGGUGACCCAUUUUGCUUUCAGCGUCUUCCGUCUUGGCUCGAGGAACAGUCUGCACAGAUUUUAGCCAAAGACUCGCAAAACAAUGUCUACAGAUGGCAGUUUAACGCCUCUAACCCCACUGCGCAUGCGGCAUGGAAUGCUUUUCACAACCACAAAGAAACAGCUGCUGGUUCAAUUCUAAACCAAAAGGCCUGGAAUCCAACAGUGUUGAAAGGAAGAUCAGCCUUCGUUGAUCAGGAUUCCUUCACUUACAGAAGUAAAAACGGGGUCAAGUCUGUGCUUUUAGAUGAUGACAACUGUGACUGUUUAUCGACAAUUCAACUUGGGGCUACUAUGUGCGGUGAUAAACUUGAUCCAAAUGCCCGUGGAAUUGAUCUUCUGUAUGACCCUGUUUGUAACCUACCAAGCCCCAACAACGGACUGACUCUUUAUUUCAAAGUUCCAAGCCACUCACUUACCUUUCAAGGAUAUGGCUUUGAAUGGGCAGCCUUUUGGUGGUGGCCAAAGGAUGGAAAAUGGCCGGAAGGAGUAUCUGAUGUAUUAGAGAAGCCAUUUGGCAAAUGCAAAGAAACUGACAUUUACUGCUUUGGAAGGCUUCCUUCCGCUGCCAAAGAAGACAGGACCAGGCUUCUUGCUAUCGACACAGAAGAAAACGUCUACACCUGGAAGUUCUCUUCCGGAAAUCCAACAGCGCAUGCGGCCUGGAGGGCACUUCAUGAUCAUGUGGAGACACCAUUCAAAAAGAUAAGAAACAGCAGGACAUGGAACCCCACAGUACUAAGAGGAACUUCACCGAGAGCUGACCAAGACUCUUUUAUGUAUCGAUUACAAGCAGGUGUCAAGUCCCUUCUGCUGGAUGACGACAACUGUGACUGUUUGUCAACCUUGAGCAUGGGACAUGGAAUGUGCGAGUCUGGGUUCUCUUCGAGCUACGGUCCUGCAAAUCGAUAUGGAGUCGAUGCUCUCUACGAUGGCAAGUGCAACACCCCGCGAUCUAAUGUCGGCCUCACUUUAUAUUUCACUGUAUCAGAUGAAGUCGCAAAACCCAUGACAUCAUGCAAACACGGUGGAAGGUGGAUGACCUUCUGGUGGUGGACUGCUGAUGCAACGUGGCCAGCAAAAGAAAAUGAUGUGCUAACCUACCCUUACGGAUACUGCAGUUCGUAUAGCGAGUACUGUUUUGGACGAAUACCAUCUUGGGCAAGGGAAGACAACACGGAAAUGCUUGCUAUCGACUCUCAAGGAAACGAAUACCUUUGGAAGUUUGACUCUCACAACGCUGUUGCGCAUGCCGCGUGGUUGGCCUUCCACGAUCAUGUGACCACUCCCGCGGGCAAAGUCCUCAACAACCCAGACGCCUGGAAUCCAGUGGUACUGAAAGGAACAAAGCCAAAAGCGAAGCAAGAGUCUUUCAUGUAUCGAGCGCAGAAUGGCGUCAAGUCUAUUUUAAUGGAUGACGACAACUGUGAUUGCCUCACAACCCUGAAUAUUGGCCAUGGAAUGUGUGGGUCAGCACCAGCUAUGGUCCUGCAAACCGGUUUGGAGUAG